GGAGGUAGAUAAUAAACCGUGAAUAAACCAGGAAGGGGUUUAUUCAGCCCUGCUGGCCAGGCCAUGAGUGAGUGAAGCUAGAAAGAGAAACCAUGGAAGAGAUGUUUGACCUACUGGAGCUGAUUGAGUCUGUACAGAAACUGCACUCUGGGGUAGAUAAAACAGACCUGCAGGAGUCCAUGAAGAGGGAGUGCUGGUGGAAAGUGUGUGUGAAGAAGCCAGUCACCUUUGAGGAUGUGGCAGUGAAAUUCACCCAAGAAGAGUGGGAGUGUCUAGAUGUCUGUCAGAGGGUCCUCUACAUGGAUGUUAUGUCAGAAAACUUCAAAAACCUGGCGUCUGUGGAUCUUAUCACCAAGCUGAAACAAGAAGAGGAACAGGCAAGCACAGAUGUGUGGCCCCCAAAUGGAGAAGGUGUCUUAUCAGGAGUCAAGAAGGAGGAGCAGCUGCAGGAACAGAGUCUGAGUCCAAGAGGUGAGGGGAGUCACGAUGACAAGGACCUCGUUUGCAAAGGGGGAGAUCCAUCCUCCUCUGCUCCAGCUGGGUCUGUGGACGGAACCCCAGUGGUCCCGGCAUCCGAGGCUGGGCCACCCUUCUCCUGCCCCACGUGUGGCAGGUGCUUCAGCAAGCGUGCCAACCUGCACAGCCACCAGUUUGUUCACAAUCCUAAGAGGACUAACAGUUGUGGCCAGUGUGGGAGGUCCUUUCGGAACCCCAAAGCCCUCAGCUACCACAGACUCAUGCAUCUUGGGGAGAAACCCUUCCAUUGCUCACUCUGUGACAAAACCUACUGCGAUGCUUCUGGUCUGAGUCGUCAUCGCCGAGUCCAUCUGGGUUACCGGCCCCAUUCAUGCCCCUCCUGUUCAAAGUGUUUCCGGGACCAGUCUGAGCUCAAACGCCACCAGAAGAUACAUCAAAACCAGGAGCCCGUGGCUAGAAACCAGAAGCAUAUUGUGAGGAUUCCAGGCACCAAAGUUGGGUUCCAGAAACAUAAUUUCAGGAGCCAGGUGUCCACGCAGGGACUUGCAACUGGAAACCACACACCAGUGGCCAGGACCCAGGACCCCAAAUUGAGAACCAAGGGUCCUGUGACUCAGACCCAGCCACGUACAGACAGGAGCCAGGCACCUCUAGCCGAGAAGCAGGGGGUCUCUGUGCGAACUCAAGCCUCAGUAGAAGCAACCCCGGGGCCGGCCACCAACGGGCACGUGUCCCACACCAGCACUUCCUGCCUGGAAACCAGCUCCAACUCUCACACAGGAAAGCUUUCGAAACGCAAGGUCUUUUCUUGCCCUCACUGUCCCUUGACUUUUAGCAAAAAAGCUUAUCUCUUCAGCCACCAGAAAGCCCACCUCACACAGCAGCCUCCCUGCUGCUUCCGCUGUGGUGAGUCCUUCAGCUCCUUCUCAGAGCUGGCCAGGCAUCAGCAGACCCACUGGAAGCAGAAGAUCUACUGCUGCCCUGUGUGUGAUGUCUGCUUUGGGGAGAAGGAGGGCCUGGUGCGUCACUGGGGAAGUCCCAGUCAGUGCUGGAUGGUCCUGGGUCAGAGGCUUGGCUUCCCCAUGGCAGGGGAGGAAAAGACCCUUCCAGGACCCAUCCGCCAAGGGGAUGAAGGUGGGGAGGUCAGGGAGAAGGUAGGUGGGGGGAAGAAAGCAGACGAGGCGGUGAGGGUCUUGAAACGUAAAUAAAUGGCCUUUCUGACUGAGGUUUUUUGUGUUUGGUUUUCCUGAGGAUGGACCUCCAGGGAAGAAGGCUGCACUGGAAGAGAGAAGGUGAUGAUGUUUAGAGAGGAAGGAAGAGGGGUGUGAGGUGGUACACAAACUCAUUGUUAGUUAGCACCGAGCUUGUUUCUUUGUGUCUGAUAGAUCAUUGAGUAGUAAUUGUUGCAUAAAACAGUGCUUUGGCAGGCCUGCCCUCCUGGUGCAGUGGGUUAAAGCGCAGCACCAUGAAGCUCUCCGCAGCCACUUCACUGAGAGU